AUGACAAUACGGGCCGCUACGUUAAACGUAAAUGGAUUUGGGACGCUGCAACAGGACCAUCCCAAAAACAAAUGGGGGCGAAUUGCCCAACUUAUGAACGAUAAACGCAUCGGCAUACUGAUGAUACAGGAAUCUCACCUAUCGUCUGAAAGACUGGAGUCUGUUCAACGACUCUAUGAGAAGAGCCUUAAGAUCUUUAGCUCAGCGCACCCAAGCGCGCCAGGCCAAAAAGAAGGAGUCGCAAUCCUGAUCAACAAACGAAUGGUCAGUAGUGAAGGAGCGACGGCGACAGCGAUAGUAGAAGGGAGGGCGCUCCACGUUACCCUCAAAUGCGCUGGGGACGACAGAUUACACGUCCUAUGCAUCUACGCCCCGACGUCGGAUGGUGUCGAAGAGCGCUGCCGUUUCUUCAAUGAAGUAAGGUCAUUCUACGAACGACAUCGUGAGUUCCCGAAACCGGACAUCAUGGCGGGGGACUUCAACAAUGUCGAAGACGCCAUUGAUAGACUUCCUAUAAAUGAGUCGCCCGACAGAUCAGUAGAGGAUUUGGAUAAACUAAAACUGUCCCUGCAACUUAUGUUAACGGACGGAUGGAGAGAAACCCACCCUACGGAUCGCGGUUAUACGUUUCACCGCGGACGGGACAACAACGCCACCCUCUCCAGGCUUGACAGGAUGUAUACCCGCGAAGCAGUCUUUAGGCUUGCAAGAGACUGGAUAAUAAUGGAAUCAGGCAUCAAAACGGAUCACCGUAUGAUGACUGUGCAACUCACGACGGCAACUGCUCCGAGUGUAGGACAUGGCCGCCCUAUCUUCCCACUGUCAAUAAUUAAGGACAGGAAGCUCGCAAAGGCAAUGAAAGACAGAGGGAUGGUGACGAUGUCUCAUCUUGAUAAGAUCGAGAGAGGGAUUGCACCGAGGUCUGAGUGCAAUAACCCGCAACGCUUAUUAGCGGACAUGAAAAAUGACUGGAUGAAGAUGGCCAGAGACAGGGAAAAAGAAGUAGUGCCCAAGCUCCUGGCAGAAAUC